UUACAAACAGACAAUGUCUGUAGGAAUGAGGAAAACCAUGAUCUUCCUCAUGCUGUUCCGUCCAGGGCUAUGCAGACUUUCUUCUUGCCUCACAUAUGAAUAUCACUUUGCAAACAUGAAUAAGAACUGGACUGAAGCACAGAGUUACUGCAGAGAGAACUACACUGACCUGGUUACCAUUGACAACCCAGAGGAAAUGAACAGAGUGAUUAACAGAGUAAACCUCACUGGUUAUACUGGACCAGCCUGGAUAGGACUGAAGAAGGGAAACUCAUGGAAGUGGCAGUGGUCCCUGGCAGACACACCUUCCUAUAAUGAAAAUGAUAUUGGCUUGUGGGACAAGGCAGCUAAUCAGCCUGAUUGGAUGAUCGGCGCACAAGGUACCACAAACCCCUACAUAUUAAUAGAAACAUAUCUGACAUGGAGAGAGGCUCAGAGAUACUGCAGAGAGAAUUACACAGACCUGGCCAGUGUGAGGACCCAGGUUGAUCAACAGCAGAUGAAGUCAUUGGUGUCAAGCACAGUGUGGAUCGGCCUCUUCAGAGACCCUUGGCAGUGGUCAGACCAGAGAAACUCCUCAUUCCGCUACUGGGCACCAGGAAAACCUGAUAAUUAUGAUGGGAAUGAGAAGUGUACUGUAGCCUCGAUCACACAGACACUCAGUGGAACGUGGGAUGAUCGACAGUGUGGUGAAAAACACCCGUUCAUAUGUUAUGAUGAAAAGCCCCCACCGUACGAAGGAAAAAGAACAGUGGUGAAGGUGAAACUGAGUUCUGCUGCAAAUUUAAAAGAUCCUGACUUCAGCGACCAGAUUCUACAGCAGGUCAGUAUUGAACAAGAUUUUAACUCAAACUUCAUGAGGAAUUAG